AUGGAGACGUUGGAAGAACAGAAUGCCAUGGCUGGGCUCCGCGCGAUGGCAGCGCGAGCCGUAGAAGCUGGUAUGAACGCGUUUGCGCCCGAAAAGUGGCCUCGAGACUCGAGGGCGUACUGGUCCAAAAGUCAGAACGUCUUCGCGCACCGUUUACGUGCCGAUCCCGUGGGCCAGCUACAGCACAUCCGCAAACUUUGGAAGUCUCGCCGGCGUGGUAAAAUCUCGACGGACAGCGAACUGUUCCGGGUCAUGGACGUACUUGGGGAGCGAUUCGUCAAUUCGCAGGAAUAUACUAUCGCGAGGUCCCUAGCAUGUCAUGUUGACACGGAUCUCGGGUUUGAUUUUUGGGAAGCUUGCGUCAAGACGGAGCUCUUGAGCCUUCUCGUCGAGAUUGUCACGGACAGCGAGUUCUCCGGUCAACCAAGGGAGUGGAUGGAAUAUGUCCUACAAUGCUUGACUGGGUUCCUCUCUGUCUGGUGCCAAGAUGUCAGCCCUCAGUCUAAGCGCCUAAGCUCGAGGAUACCGUCAUACGACAAGCCAAUGCCUAAGCCUCAAAUCAAGGCGUUCAUGUUGCGACUAGAAGAGGUCUGCCAGUCACUCUGGAAUGUACGGGAGACUUUGCAUAAGGGUGCCAGGAGUUGCCCUCCUCGUCUCAGCGCGGAAAACGAAGCCAGCUAUCGGAUGUACUUGCUGGAGGUGUUCAUCUAUGGAGUCUCUUUUCUACUCAAGUCCAAACUACAUAUCAAGCAGGGACCUGUUAGGAUGCUUGUGUUCCUCAGUACAUACGCAUGGACUCGCCAAGGCGUCGAUUCGCCGAGUUUCUUGAACGGCAUAAUGGGAGAAAUGUGGGACUCCGGAGGUGCCCUUGAGAUAUUCGCUGAGUACGAUGGCGAGGGUGUGCACAUUCCAGAAAUGAUGCUUGAGGUCGGAUUCGAGCCUAUACUCGAACACAUCAACGCGGGGAUUCAGGGCCCCGCGCCUGGGGUACACCCUAUCGGCGGACGACUCUUUCAGUUCGUAUAUCUCGCCAAGCUAAUGCUCAAUAACGCCGAGCUGCUUCCGAAAGCAUGGCCUGCCUUUUGCAAGUUCCCGCUGCUCAAGAAUAUAUCCGACGCAUAUCAGCUCGACGUGAAACGCCGCAUGAGCGAACGAAAGGACGUUCUGGAUGAGCUGGGGACAUGGCUCGCCUGCUUCAUACACCUCGCUCUGUCUCUCAAGGCACUAGUGAAUCAUGAGAUUCAAUCGGGUUGGGUACGCGCAGGUGAUGUGAUGUUUAUGUAUGCGCGCGGAUUCAAGCUGGCCUUAACGGUCAUGCAACGCAACCCGCAAUCCGGAGGAUUGGAUCCUGCAAUCACGAAGUACCUCCUCAUGACUAUAGAGUCCUUGUUUGAGGGGAUCAACAACUAUAAACUCGACCGUCCUAACGGUCUUCCUGCUUCCUUGGUAAACGAUCUACGAAGCAACGCCAGCAGGCAACAGUGGAAUGCGACAUUGCUUUCCAUUCGCGAUGCGCGAUCGUACGGGAGCUUGUAUCCCGAGUACCAACUGAUCGAUCAGUGGUGGACACGGUUCGGCGCAGAAUUGGGCUUCAGCGAAGGAGCCGCGGAAAGCCAACGCGAGCAGAUGCACUUCUGCGCUUCACCUUCUUGCCCACUACACAACAAGCCCUCUGCCGAGCCUUUGCGUAUCUGCACGGGAUGCAGACAGAUGUAUUAUUGCUCUCCAGCUUGCCAGAAACUAGAUUGGAAGGCAGGGCAUCGCACCAAAUGUCGCGAGUUAUCUUCAUAG